UUCGAGCAGUCUUUUACAUUUUCUCUUAACAUCGUCAGAUUCUUGUGCCAGUUUCGUCCAGAAGUCAUAUUGCAAUCGGAAUUGUUCGGAGGUCUCCUGAACGGGUUGCGAACGGAGACCUUCAUGCCAGAUUCUGUAUAUUUGAGGCCGCUCGCUGGCUCGAGCAAUUUUGGUUUUCCUCUCCCGACGAAAUUACUCGGCGAGCCCUAGCGUUCUGGAAAAUUUGUUCGAGCCUCGUGUGGGAUUUGCUCGAGAGCCCAUUCACCAUAUUCUUCGUUGUCGACGAGGUUUGCGGAUGGCGGCCGAGGUUGGGUCUCGUGUUCAGUAUGUGCCUGUCAAGUAUCAGGCAUAUCCGUGGCAGAGGGGGUCACCCGAGGUUUGGAUUAGUCCUAAGUUAAAGAGUAUUGCAGAACAGCUUCGUCAAUAUUCGUCUCCGGGUUCAUCCGCUGAUGAGGAUGGAGGCGUAACUUCCAGCGUGGGAAUGCCUGCUUCCGUUGCAUCCUUGAACGAUCUUAAUGUUUUUCCCACAAAGAAAAGGGCAGCUGUGUUGGUCUGUCUCCACCAGACUCCAGAGGGCGAGCUGAGAGUGAUACUGACGAAAAGGACGGCCAGCAUGUCGUCACAUUCAGGUGAAGUGUGUCUCCCUGGAGGUAAAAGAGACGAGGGUGAUGUCGACGAUACAGUUACCGCAUUGAGGGAGGCACAGGAAGAGAUUGGACUUGAACCAUCCCAUGUUCGAGUUGUAGCGGUUCUUGAGCAAUUCCUUUCAAAGGAUUUGCUUGGUGUUACUCCCGUUAUUGGGCUUCUUGAUGAUGUGAGCAAUUUCAGGGCUGUCGUGAAUCCUCAUGAGGUGGAAAGUCUCUUCGAGGCGCCAUUGGAGAUGUUUCUCAAAGAAUCAGAGAAGCAUUGGUUUGAAGAGAGGGUGUGGUUGGGAGUAAAGUACCGGGUUCAUUUCUUUGAUUAUACGACCCAUCUUGGUGAGAAAUUUUUGAUAUGGGGCCUUACGGCAUCGAUAUUGAUCCGUUCUGCUUCCCUUGUAUACCAAAGGGAGCCAGACUUUGUGGAGUUUGCUCCAGACUUUUCAGCUAUUGUCAAUUCUUCAAAAGCUUUGGGUGGCAAAUCCGUCGACAGUCUAGGCGCGACCCCUGAAAAAAACUCAGAAGAGUAAGUGAGGUGAGUCGGUCUUCCUUCUUCAGUAGUUAGGAUGGUGCAAGUAUUUCACCUCCAAGACAAAUUUGUUUGGGAGCUGUAAUUUACAGUUUAUUGGUACUCAUUUUUUGAAGGUCUGUGCUGAGCUGGCCUGGACCGCCCUCACGCCUGUAGUACACGGAAACAAUCUCACUGGACCCUUGGUCCCACGUAUCACCGAGAUGCGGAGUUCUGCGAAUAUUUGCAGAUGGACUUUCCUGUUCUUAGUAUCAAUUUUAAUUCAUGCCACAAACGUGCGCCAGUGGAUCCAACUGAGUCGUGGCUGCGACCUUUCAUUAAUAAAUAGCGUCCAGUAAAAUGAGCAAUUCAGGCCCAUAUGGCAAGCAGAAAUGGCAAUCAUUUCUCUUGCCUCUCCAAUCUUUAGUUGGAGUCGGGUUCAGUAUGUACUCUUGUACAAUACAGUCAAUGCACAAGAAACCCUUCUAGGAACGUCUUCACUCAGGACCUUCUUAGUAUUCGCAACAACAUCUUCUGGAAAACUUGAACUUGCUCUGUAUUAUUUGUAUGACGGAGAUGAGCAUUCCUUCGCGGAAUAUUCCGAUCACGUCCCUGUAGAAAAGAAAAACACGUCCACAUGUUCACACCUCGGUAUACUCGACUUCUCUACCUUCCAACUCUUAAAAUGUGUUCUGCACAUGUUUCCCGUCAUCUUUCUCUACAUCCGCUUUUUGGGGUCAUUCUUCAAUUUGUUGGUUGUUAAUUGCGUGCUUAAGAAAAAGUUCUUAUGAAGGAUGCAAGGAGACGACAAAAUGUUAGGUCGUCUGUUGUAUGCUCGAGGAUGGUGCUUCGAAGAUACCUUCGGGAGGCUAAGAACACACGGAAUAAUGAUCCAGCACUAGACCAGAAGAAGCAACGUUGUUAUCCAAAGUUGCCUGUGUACAUAUGACUCGAUAGUAACGAAUGAACUAUGAUAACUGAUAAGGUGAACCUUGUGAUGUUGUAGCAGCAACGAGUCGUGCAAAGUAGCAUGGUAGACUGAGCUCGACAUCUCAUUAUAGGCUUGAGUUGUGUGUCGAUCGUAUGUGAGUGAAAAUAGC